AUGAAAGGCGGAACGGUUCAAAUCAACUGGCACGAAAGCAAACCCGUCUUAACCCUAGAUUUCCACCCUCUCUCCGCCACUCUCGCCACCGCCGGCGCCGAUUUCGACAUCAAGUUAUGGUCAAUUAAACCUUCUGGAUCGCCGAAGAAGCUUCCAGUAGUUACUUAUCUCAACAGCCUCUCGUACCAUAGUUCAGCUGUUAAUGUUAUUCGAUUCGCUCCUUCCGGGGAACUAUUGGCUUCUGGUUCUGAUGGUGGUGAACUGUUAAUAUGGAAGCUGCAUUCGAUGGAUACUGGCCAGACAUGGAAGGUUCUUAAGAUGUUAAGAUCCCAUAUAAAGGACAUUAUGGACCUGGAGUGGUCUUCUGAUGGUGCAUAUAUGAUAUCUGGAUCAGUUGAUAAUUCUUGCAUUAUAUGGGAUGUUAACAAAGGAACUAACCUUCAGACGUUGGAUACCCAUGCACACUAUGUUCAAGGGGUAGCAUGGGACCCUUUAGGAAAGUAUGUUGCUUCUUUAAGUUCUGACCGGACUUGCCGAGUUUACAUUAGUAAACCCCAUAAAACAAAGGGUAUUGAGAGAAUCAAUUACGCUUGCAAGCAUGUUAUUUCCAAGGCAGAACAGCCAUUAUUAAAGAAUUCCAAGUCAACAAAAUAUCAUCUCUUCCACGACGAAACAUUGCCCUCUUUCUUUAGAAGAUUAGCUUGGUCUCCAGAUGGUUCAUUUCUACUUGUGCCUGCAGGUUCUUACAAAUUUGGUACUGCGUCUGAAUCUGUAAAUGCAGCUUACAUAUUUUCCAGAAAAGAUCUUUCUCGGCCUGCUAUACAGAUUCCUUGUGCAAGCAAAGCUGUUGUAGCUGUCCGGUUCUGUCCUAUAUUUUUCAAUCUUAAGGGAACAAACUCAGAUGGGUUAUUUAAGCUCCCAUAUCGCAUUGUAUUUGCUGUUGCCACAUUGAAUUCAUUGUACAUUUAUGACACUGAGAGCACUUCUCCAAUAGCUGUAUUUGCUGGUCUUCACUAUGCUCCAGUAACAGAUAUUACCUGGUCACCUGAUGCCCAUUAUUUGGCAUUCUCCUCGCAAGAUGGCUUCUGCUCAUUGGUGGAGUUUGAAGAUGGCGAACUUGGAUCACCUUACUGUUUAUCAAAAGGAAAUGUCUCAGACAAGGAUAAUAAAAGCACCCUGCAGACAGCCAACAACACUGUGUUACCAACUGGGAGUGUUGGUGCAGCUGUAGCAGAAAGCAGAAAAAUGGAAGCCGAAGAAAAAGUUGAUGACAUGGACAUUGAAGCAUCUAGGGAUAUUGGUGCAUUUCCAUCCGAUAGUAGCAAAACUAAAAAACAAGAUAAUCCGGAUGACAUGAUCAUCAAGCCAACUGGGAAUGCUAGUGCAGUUAUAGCAGAUAGUUGGAAGAGUGAAGCAGAACAUAAAACUGAUGACAUGGUUAUUGAAGGAGUUGAAGCAGAACAUAAAACUGAUGACACGGUCAUUGAAGGAGUUGCAGCAGAUAGUAGAAAACAAUUACCCAAUCCAGACUGUAAACUAAGUGAAGCAGAUAAACCACCGUCAAGUUUAGAUGGCAUAAAACCAGGGCCAGCAGAAAAGACAGGGAAUCAAUUGUCAAGUUCAAAGAGCACACUUGUCUCAAAUAAGCCAGCCAGGAAGCGCAUCACUCCUAUUGCAAUUGGUCCAUGA